CCAGUAUUGCUUUGGCUGUCGUCUAGCUCGGACCUGAGCGCCCGCACCAGUCGUCGAACAGCUACGUACGAGCGCACGUCACGUUGUCGGUCGGGGUAUACGAUUUUUCAGAACUUCCGGACGAAAUCUUUCGCGACAGGUGCUUUUGUUUGCUCUGCCGAAUCGUUUCCGCAGGGGAAUUGUCUUGGAUCCGCACACUUCCUCAUUUCAACUCGAGUAUUACCUUUGGCUCUGGAUACACACAAUCUUCCUUCAUUUUCAGUGAGAGUUCAUGUGCGAUGAGCGAUAUUUUUCAGUGAUUCCACAGGAUAUAUGUGCUGGUUAUUAGUGACAAAUACGGAUAAGUGUCUGAAGUUUCCUAUCCAUAACGCACUAUUUGGAUAAUUACUGAGAUACUGCGAAAAUUCGAGUGAAUUCAAUCCUGAAACUCCUUUGGAUUAUCUUGCUUAAUAUCAGUGCUAUACAUCUUCAUGAGAGGUCCGAACGAUUACAAUCGAAUUACCUUUGAUAUUCUCCACAGAUAAUUGGAUGUUUCGGGAACGAUUCGCUGAAAUGCUUUAAGCCUCUCUGAUAAGUAUCUCCAAGACAAUCACGAUGACUUCAUCUCACAAAUUCCUCCUUCUCCUCCUACGGAUAGCAAUGAUGUCCCUUUCAGGGAUGGCAUCGCCAAUGUUAAAAGAACAAAAAUUUGCCAUGGAACCACAAGAUCAGACCGCGGUUGUUGGAUCCAGGGUUACAUUACCCUGUAGAGUCAUAGAUAAAUCGGGAAUACUGCAAUGGACCAAAGACGACUUCGGACUUGGCACGCAUAGAAAUCUGACUGGAUUUGACAGAUACUCUAUGAUUGGCAGUGACGAGGAAGGUGAUUUUUCUUUGGAAAUAUACCCUGUCAUGCUCGAAGAUGAUGCCAAGUAUCAGUGCCAGGUAUUACCAGGGCCACUGGGUCAGCUAGGAAUCCGCAGUCAUUUUGCGACUCUGACAGUCCUGGUUCCUCCAGAGCCUCCAAAAAUUGUACAGGGCGAUUAUUUGGUAACAACCGAGGACCGAGAAAUAGAACUGGAAUGCAUAAGUCACGGUGGCAAGCCUGCCGCGGAAAUCACAUGGAUAGACGGAAUGGGAAACGUAUUGACGGAGGGCAUAGAAUACAUAGUGGAGGAGUUAUCGGAUGGCAGAAGAUUUACCGCCAAGUCCAUUCUGAAAUUGACACCGAGAAAGGAUCACCACAAUACGAGUUUUACGUGCCAGGCUCAGAACACUGCGGAAAGAACUCACAGAUCGGCGAAAUUGAAAUUAGAGGUGAAAUACGCACCGAAGGUGACUGUCUCCAUCAUUUCUGGAGCCUCUCCAAACGGCAGAAUUCCAGAAGGCGCAGACGUCCGGAUGGGGUGCAAGGCUGACGCCAACCCUCCCGAUGUAACAUACAGGUGGUUCAUAAACGACGAGCAAGUCAUUGGCGACUAUACGACGGAGAUGAUAAUGCACAACAUCACGAGGAAAUAUCACGAUUCGAUCGUGAAAUGUGAGGUCCACAAUGCUGUUGGGAAGAGCGAAGAGAGCGAGACUCUAGACGUCAGCUACGGACCACAGUUCAGAUCAAGACCUAAAACGACGCAGGCUGAUACUGGUUCCAGUAUAACAUUAUCUUGUGACGUAGACGGCAAUCCUUCUCCUGAUAUAGCCUGGUUUCAUAAAGACCACAGAAAGAAAAUAAGUACUAGUCCAAAUUUGACUCUGGUCGUCGACGAAAGUACAGCAGGAAAAUAUUUCUGCACGGCUCAUGUCCCUGGAUAUCCUGAAAUAGGAGCUGAGGCCUCGAUCUAUUUGAAAGGUCCUCCAGCAAUCGUCAGCCACAAGACCCAGUUCGGCAUAGAGGGCGACAACGUCCGCGUCGAGUGCACAGCCUUCUCGAUUCCAGCACCCGAACGCGUAGUUUGGACUUUCAACGGCCAAGAGGUUGACCUUCACGACCAAGACUAUUCCAUAUUGGAAGAUCCCCUUCCUGAAGGAAUCAAGUCCACGUUAAUCAUCCGGGAAUCUCAGGAAAGGCACUUCGGGAUGUACAACUGCAGCGUAUCGAACCCGUACGGAAGUGAUGUAGUCGAAAUUAACCUCAUGCCGCAAAAUCGCACAAUCUUUGAGUUUCUGAAAAAUUCUUACCGGAGUGUGUGGGUCUGGAAAUGCUUGGUUGACAACUUUUUGGAACUUGAAAAAAGUUUCCCGCUACUUAUCAUCAUCAUUGGCGGAGUUCUAUUGGUGGUCAUUGUAAUUGUCAUCAUAAUGAUCAUUUUCCUGUGCCAACGACAAAGCGCUAAGAAGCCAUCUCGAGAAGGCGACACGAACACGAUGGAAAAACAAUGUAAAGAAUCCGACCGAUCUUCGAAUAUUUCCGACUUGAAACUCGACCUACGAACAGGAUCCUCGAACAGUAACGUCCACUGCGAUCUGGAUUAUAUUCCAGGGGCAGAAUCGGAAACCGGAAGUGAAUCAGUGAUCACAAGGAUUGGUGUGCCACUUGCCGGUCCUGUCAACUUAUCUGGACAGGAUGUAUAUAGGUAUUCAGCCGACUAUACUGAACCCAGCUUUCCUAAGGAUGGUCAUAAUAACAACGGCUAUGUACCUUACGUAGAUUAUUCGAGGGACUAUAAUCCCCCCAUGAUGCAACCCCCGAUAACAUCGAUGGAUCCAACGAUCAACCAAUCCACCAGACUGCAACUGAACUCAUUGCAAUCUCACCAGCUAUCUUCAGGUGCCAAUAGUAUGCAACUGAACGACAUGCCUACCAGUAUCCCCAACGGGAUCUUACCCUCUUUGGGAAUAGAUCCCCGUUUCAGUGCCACAUACGGUAAUCCGUACCUCAGGAGCUCCUCGGUAGGGCUUCCAACCCCAAAUACAGCCAAUCCAGUGGCUACUCCAGCACCCCCUCCAUACUCUAGAGAUAAUUCGCGAAUAGUAAGUUCUAGUGCCAUGAUGACCGCAAGUGCUAAUGUAGUGAAUAGUGUCAUGGCGACCGGUUCGAACGGUUCCAUACCGCAGAUGACAAGACUUCCGAACUCACCCACGAGUCAGUACAUUAUUCCCACAUCGAAUGCCACAACCAUCAAACGCGGUACGAUGGCGACUCAUGUAUAAUAAAGCGUGGACACUGCAGUGACUUCAAGUGAUUUUCAAUUACGAAAAGACUGAGAAUCUAUCAAUCGAAAAUGAUAUCAAUUUUACCACUAUUUUUCUGUAGAGAUUUUUAUGCGAAAAUGUUCUAUGUAAAUAAUAUCAGUAUUGGUCAAUUCCUUUCAGUUCUGUGGAAAAGUCGUUCUAACUGCUACUGUCCAUAUUUUUAAGAAUUCCAAUUCAGUAUUAUAGAGUGAGGGAAAAUAUGCAUGCUAUUUCUGCAGGAUGAACAAUUUAAUACUUAAUUUUCAUGGUGUCAUACACAGGAACAAGCAUACCAGUAUCUUUAUCUGCUUAUGGUAUUGUUGAUCAUGUAAUCGAACAAUUUUUUCUAUUCGUAUCCGUAUCUGAACAUACAAAUUCCGUCGUUUCAACAUGCAGAGAACCUUUACUACAUACAGAGAAAAUAAAGGAAUACAACCAAAGAAAUCCACUCUUGUAUCCUGUUUUAAUAGAUCGUGUUUGGUAGAAACCAUGAUAUUUUUAUCAAUACAUAUAAUGUGUAUUCCAUAGGUUAAAACCAGUCGCUUCCGUCCACAGCUUGAAUAAAAUAUUAUUUAACAUAUUUUUAAUUUUCCGAUACAUCGUUCCUACGAACCGAGUUUUUCACUGAAGGUCAUCAUGAUGGCCAAAGUACUAUACAUCACCUCAUCUCAUCUUCGGAAUUUGAUUUCGUCAUAUAUAAGUCUAUCCUCAAAACAUACAAUCAAUACUUGCCCAUACGUUAAGAACUUAUCCCUUUGUCAUCAAAUCCAAAAUUGUUGAGUAUUUCCUUAUGCUUAGGAUUAAAUUUCUCGUGCCUCAAAUUGAUUCGUUUUUAAAGUUCGUGAAACGGAUUGAAGACUUUGAAAUUCAUUGCAUCAAUGAAAAUUAGAUACUUAAUACUUGGAUACUUUGUUUGAAUAAAAAUCGUCAUCAGUUACGUUAUGUCAUAUCGACUUUUCUACAGAACUUAUUAUUUUUUGUAACAACGCUAUGUAAUAAUUUAUUGAUAUAUAAUUGAAUGAUUUUUAUAACACAUAACAUCGAAUGUGAUUGUUGCGCAAAAUUGUUCAACUAGAUGCCAUUUGAAGUCAGUGUGAAUUUUUCAUGCAUGUAGAUGUUCCCAAUAAUAAUACUAAUUGGAUAAUUUUGGGCCAACAAUAGAUUAGCCUAACAUAUCUGUCGUUUUUCACUUCUGUACAUAUCAAAAAUCGAAUAUACUGGUCAAUUUCCACAAAACCCUUCAAUUAAUGUCGUGAUUAAGGAGCUUUCUGAAUUUUUACAUCAGAAAUGAGCAGAAAGUAUCUGUGAGCUUCCACACUAUUAAUUUCACAGUGAAUACUCUCUAACAAAUUGAUGUACUAAAAAUCACAAAAUUAGAAAAAUUAAUUCUUGAUAUUUGAGUAAUAAAUUUGGAAACUAUGCUUUGUACUAGAUAUUUUGAAUUGUUAUUGACAUGUUCUUGUUAUAAAUGAGAAAAGUAUAUACCAAAGAUAUUUUUUGUAUAGUAAAAAUUUUUAAUAAUGUAUAUGUAUAUUUUUUUCAAUAAAUAGCUUCUUGAUAUUUUGCAACGGCUGCAGUCAAAAUUUUUUGAUUUGAACUCAGUGAAUAAUUUCAAGUAUAAUAAUGUUUGUAUUGCUGAUUAUCUAUUUUAUUGUACUUAAACAACACUCGCCGAUAUUUCGAAGGAAUUUCUUACCUUGUCUUGAAAUAAUUUCAAUAUGUGCCACAACAAAUUUAGUUAUGAUACUGAGAAAACAUAGUUAAUGUAAAUUACUGUAUAUUUUUACAUUGUAAAUAAAUCGUUGUUUUUCAACAUUGUGAACUAUCAUUUGUAUUUCAGUGUAAAAAUACUUUAUUACUUGUUUUUUAUAGAGUAUGAAAGUGUUACGAGUGAUUAUAAAUGAUAGAAUUAUAGCUCAAAUUGUAUAUAUUGAAAUAUUCUUGCGAAUUUUCUAUCCUAUUAGGAAAUGUUAUCAUUAUGUAUAAUUUUUUUUAAUUCUUUAUGAUAGCAAUAUUUAUAAAACAUUGUGAUUGUAAAAUAAAGAGCCUAAAUAUUUGA